AUGGCAUAUUCAACGAGGCGUGUAGCUUAUAUCAAACAGUUCCAACAAUCUCAAAGUUCCAGCAAUCUCAAAGUUCCAACAAUCUCAAAGUUCCAACUAUCUCGAAGUUCCAGCAAUCUCAAAGUUCCAGCAAUCUCAAAGUUCCAGCAAUCUCAAAGUUCCAACUAUCUCAAAGUUCCAGCAAUCUCAAAGUUCCAACUAUCUCAAAGUUCUAGCAAUCUCAAAGUUCUAGCAAUCUCAAAGUUCCAGCAAUCUCGAAGUUCCAACAAUCUCAAAGUUCCAGCAAUCUCAAAGUUCCAACAAUCUCGAAGUUUCAACAAUCUCGAAGUUCCAGCAAUCUCGAAGUUCCAACAAUCUCAAAGUUCCAACAAUCUCAAAGUUCCAGCAAUCUCAAAGUUCCAACAAUCUCAAAGUUCCAGCAAUCUCAAAGUUCUAGCAAUCUCAAAGUUCCAACAAUCUCAAAGUUUCAACAAUCUCAAAGUUCCAGCAAUCUCAAAGUUCCAGCAAUCUCAAAGUUCCAACAAUCUCAAAGUUCCAGCCAUCUCAAAGUCAAAGUUCCAGCAAUCUCAAAGUUCCAGCAAUCUCAAAGUUCCAACAAUCUCAAAGUUCCAGCCAUCUCAAAGUUCCAACAAUCUCAAAGUUCCAACAAUCUCAAAGUUCCAGCAAUCUCAAAGUUCCAGCAAUCUUAAAGUUCCAGCAAUCUCAAAGUUCCAGCAAUCUCAAAGUUCCAACAAUCUCAAAGUUCCAACAAUCUCAAAGUUCCAGCAAUCUCAAAGUUCCAACUAUCUCAAAGUUCUAGCAAUCUCAAAGUUCCAGCCAUCUCAAAGUCAAAGUUCCAGCAAUCUCAAAGUUCCAGCAAUCUCAAAGUUCCAGCAAUCUCAAAGUUCCAACAAUCUCAAAGUUCCAACAAUCUCAAAGUUCCAGCAAUCUCAAAGUUCUAACUAUCUCAAAGUUACAACAAUCUCAAAGUUCCAGCAAUCUCAAAGUUCCAGCAAUCUCAAAGUUCCAACUAUCUCAAAGUUCCAACUAUCUCAAAGUUCCAACAAUCUCAAAGUUCCAGCAAUCUCAAAGUUCCAACAAUCUCAAAGUUCCAGCAAUCUCAAAGUUCCAACAAUCUCAAAGUUCCAGCAAUCUCAAAGUUCCAACUAUCUCAAAGUUCCAACAAUCUCAAAGUUCCAGCAAUCUCAAAGUUCCAACAAUCUCAAAGUUCCAGCAAUCUCAAAGUUCCAACUAUCUCAAAGUUCCACCAAUCUCAAAGUUCCAGCAAUCUCAAAGUUCAAACUAUCUCAAAGUUCCAACAAUCUCAAAGUUCCAGCAAUCUCAAAGUUCAAACUAUCUCAAAGUUCCAACUAUCUCAAAGUUCCAACAAUCUCAAAGUUCCAGCAAUCUCAAAGUUCCAACAAUCUCAAAGUUCCAACUAUCUCAAAGUUCCAGCAAUCUCAAAGUCAAAGUUCCAGCAAUCUCAAAGUUCCAACGAUCUCAAAGUUCCAGCAAUUUAAAAGUUCCAACAAUCUCAAAGUUCCAACAAUCUCAAAGUUCCAGCAAUCUCAAAGUUCCAACUAUCUCAAAGUUCCACCUAUCUCAAAGUUCCAGCAAUCUCAAAGUCAAAGUUCCAGCAAUCUCAAAGUUCCAGCAAUCUCAAAGUUUGAACAAUCUCAAAGUUCCAACAAUCUCAAAAUCAAAGUUCCAGCAAUCUCGAAGUUCCAACAAUCUCAAAGUUCCAACUAUCUCAAAGUUCCAGCAAUCUCAAAGUUCCAACAAUCUCAAAGUUCUAGCAAUCUCAAAGUUCCAACAAUCUCAAAGUUCCAGCAAUCUCAAAGUUCCAACUAUCUCAAAGUUCCAACUAUCUCAAAGUUCCAGCAAUCUCAGUCAAAGUUCCAGCAAUCUCAAAGUUCCAGCAAUCUCAAAGUUCCAACAAUCUCAAAGUUCCAACAAUCUCAAAGUCAAAGUUCCAGCAAUCUCAAAGUUCCAACAAUCUCAAAGACAUUUUCAAGUCCUGUCCUGAAAACAUGUGCACAUUAUAUCACUUUAAGUCAAAUUUUGGUUAUCGUGGAGUAA